AGAGAGAGACGAUAGGAAAAUUACUAGGAGUGAGACGCACUACGCCGGCGGCGGCCUGAGCAGCGGCCACCAGUCACACCCUCGCCGGCCGCCCGUCACCACGCCGCACCUCCUCUCUCACCAUGUCCCAAACUCUCGCCAAUAUGAUCGCUGACAACAACAACACGCAUUUUUUCGAAGGCGUGGAGAAGCUCAUGGAAGUGUGGUUCACUCGGAAGGACGGAAUGACUUUAAACUGUGAUCUGAGAAGGAUACCAAGGUCCCAGCUUGAAAGGGUGAUGCAAGUUGUGAAGUGUGAGAUCAUCUCUACCACCUCUACCGACGAGCUGGAUGCCUACGUGCUCAGCGAGUCGAGCAUGUUCAUCUCAUCUCGGCGUUUCAUUCUAAAAACUUGCGGAACGACUACCCCACUGUGUUGUCUACCCUUAUUGAUAUCCUUGGUGCAGGAGUAUGCUGGAUAUGACACUGUCCAGGACCUGUACUAUUCACGGAAGAACUUCAAGCGGCCUGAACUUCAAGUGUCUCCUCAUCGCACCUUUGAAGAAGAGGCCUCGAUCUUAGACCAGUUUUUCCCAGGUGGUAAAGCAUACUGCAUGGGAAGUGUGAACCGUGCUGACUGUUGGUACCUAUACACAGUGUCGCCAGGUCGUCCACGAUACCGUCCCAAUGCAGCCCGCCACAACCUUCCUCAUAAUCGAGUUGGCAAGACACACCGUGAACCAGAUCAAACAUUAGAGGUCCUGAUGAUGGACUUGGAUCCUGAUAAGAUGAAGUGGUUCUGCAAAAAUGUAUGUCCAACUGCUGCUGAAGCCACCAAGAAAUCUGGAAUUGAUCGGCUAAUUCCUGAUAUGAUCAUCGAUGACUUCCAGUUUGAUCCCUGUGGAUAUUCUAUGAAUGGAUUGAUGUGCAGUGUGCCGGGAGGCUACAUGACAAUCCACAUUACCCCUGAGCCAGAGUUCUCAUAUGUGUCCUUCGAGACCAACGUUCCUCAGAAGUCAUACAAAGAACUUGUUGCUCGGGUUGUUUCUACCUUUGGACCCAAGCAGUUCGUCCUGACUUUCUUCACAAGUGUGGAGAAUGGUGCAAGUAUUGGCAUAGAAGAUGACAACUGUAGCGUUCCACAGUAUUCUGAUUAUGAUGUUGAUGAUAUUCAGAUCUGCCGCCUUCAGGGGUAUGACCUGACUUAUGCUCUAUACAAUAGGUUCCCAAGUUAGGGAAUCGUCCCCCAUGGUGAGCAGAUUGAGACCCUUUUGACAUCAGGCACAAAAUCAGACAGCCCUGCUGAAUGCCUUGCUCUUUUAGAUGGCUACAUCCUUACAAAGUCUAGCAAGAUAUUCAAAGAGUGGAGGUGCUCAAAGGUGGGAAAAAAUAAACAAAAGGGCCAUUUAUAUGUAAUGUCAAGAGGAUGCCAACUGCUCCUGUAUUUCAUUAAUUUUAUCUUUCUUGGGAUAGUUAUCCCUACUCUAGGUAGACUAGCUUUAGUGCAAAAGUCAGCUGCAAAUUCCAAGACAAAUAUGGCUUACAAUAUUAUUAUGUAUAGACAUAUGCCACUUACCAAUAUAUUCAGGAAAGUUUCUAACACAAGCUGGAGUCAGUUCCAAGCUCGUUUAGAGUGUGACUCUCAUCCGCAAUUGGGUUUUGAGUCACAGCCAUCCUGCCACCUGAGUAGAAUUUUCCUCUGGUGGCAGGAUGUGUACUCCUGAGUUGGCCUUUUGCAGCAGUCUUCAUGAUCAGCUUAUAACCACACUUGUGGCAGAAACAGCCACUUCCAUCCCCAGGAUGGUCAUCUCACACAAGGCAUCAGUCCUGUUGUUUCCACAUCUGCUGAUGCAUUGCAGACAUCCAAAUUUAGGAUGAAUUUCUAUGAACAUGUGGAUAUGACCAGGCUCUUUAUGCAAGACCUGGCUCUGGCAACACUAGUGAGGCUCUGUCAACAUUCUUGCAGCUAGAAGAAGGCAGUCAGGAGGACGGUGAAAAUAGAAUGAUACAGUAGCCAGUGGGCAUGACAAUGGGAAAUAAGCGUGUUAGCAUACAACUAUAGUUUUUUAAUGUCUUCAUCAUGAUUAUUAGUAAAUAUUGUUAUUCUUAUUCUUAAAAUCACUAAACAAAUUGUAGCAUCAUUAUUAUUACUAGCCAAUAUUGCUCUGAUGUGGCAUUGUGGUGGUUCAUAAUACAGUACAGUAUAUUAUUUUCAUGGCCAUUUUGAAUAUUUGUGAAUUAUAGGUAAGCAGCAUUUCAGUAAAGUGGAUCAUACAAAUUAAACCUUUGUCAAUAUUUAAAGAGCAUUGAAUGGUUCUAAUUUCUAUAUUUGUAUGUAUUUGCAUCUUUUAAAAGAAAACAAAAAACUUAAUGGUGGAACCAAAUUAUCAGCAUUUUAUUUUAACGUAUAUAACCAUUAAUAUGUAAAUCCACUAACAGUUUUAGAUAUAACUCGUCCUUUGCUCGUCUAGAUUGGAAAUCUAAAUUACAAGAGUACUCAAGUUUUGUGUCAUUGAAGAUAAUUAUUUAAGUGCUACAAUUUGACAAACUAUCAGUUUUUAAGUUUCUCAGUUUUUGUAUACAAAUAAUUUUCUAAUCAUUUUAGUACAGAAAUAUCUUAGUUUUAAGGCAUUUUGCUUUUAACUUAGAAAGCUUAAAUGUGAAAUUAAUAAGUUUAAAUUGCUUCACAUGCUUUCAAGUUUUAAAUGUUAGGUGUAAUGGUUGAUGUAUCGGAUGAAGUGUCAAGAAUAUUUGUGUUACAAUUAAAAUCUAAUAUUGUCGCAAAAACAAUGUGCAUACUGUAUAUCGUUACAUCUAAUAUAGAAAUUAUACGCUCCAUUUUGCGUAUAUAUAUUUUUUUAUAUGUAAACAUACAUGUACAGUAUGUAUACAUUUAUACAUAAUGUGCGUAUAUGAAUGCAACAAUGAAGUUCAGCUCUAAAGGCAUGAAAGGAAGCCGAAAGCAUUUAGCAGUUAUAUUUUCAAAUUUCUCUGGUCAUUCUUCAUGUAUACAUGUACAUAUACAGUAUAUACAUAUGAUAUAAUGUAUAUGUAUAUAAACAUGUAUGAUGUAUGUUAUAUACGCCAUAUAAUAUCUAUACAACAUAUAUGUAUACAUGUAUUGACUGACAGGAGGUUUUCAUUUAGACAUGUUUCAUUGAAUAUAACUGCAUAUUCCAUGUUGAUUUUCUUGUUUAGGCUUCUAUUCUUCUGACUGGUGCUCUUGCAUCUUGGUUUAAUUGGGAGAGAAUUUCUCCAAAUGGCAUAUUUGUUUGAGGUUGACUUAAAGAAUAACCUGUAGAAUGUAUCACACUUAUUACAAAUUUACACAUUAUUUCAAACCUACAAGAUUCACUUUCAAUUGAGAGACGUAAGAAUAUAUGGAUUUGUACUGCUGGGAGGUCAGAGACAUUGAAUUAGGGGAGGAGUAAGGAGUAAGAGUCUCUAGGUAAAGAGGCAUGAGUAUUGACCUAUGCCUCUUGCCUCUACUCCUUACUCUUCACCUAACUGUGUGUACCUGUCCUCCCAGUUGUAUAAAUCUGGUAUGUUCUCUCAUGCUUCCUCACUUGAGAACAAGCCUAGUAGGCUUGAAAUGUUUUGUAAAUUUAUAAUAAGUGUUGCAUUCUACAGUUUAUUCUUAAACUUCGAGGUUGACUAAAAGAAUGUAUAUGUACGUAUAUACAUGCAAAAGAAAUUAUAUACAUGCUCAUAUAAUAUACAUAUUAAAGCAAAUGUAUAAAAUAAGUUAAGUUGCAAACAUUUCAUUGCAGUACUUAUCUGCUUUAUAGCUACAAUAAUAAGUUAAGGCAAGUUAUAUUUUUUCAAUUAUUAAAUCUGAAAUUUUUUAUAAUUUGGAUUAACUUUAAUUUCUUUUGUUUUUAGCACAGGCAAGCUUUAUUUGUAAGAAAUUUUUAAAAAUCAUUAUAAUUCUUAUUGAACUGAACAAGUUCACAGCCAUAAAAUUAUUUGGACAGUUAGAACAAUUCAUAUACACAGUAUUAACAGCGCAUUUCACAAAAUAUGAAUGAGGUCUUGCAUAUUAAAUAAAAUUAUUUUAAUUUGCAUGACCUAUGAAUAACUAGAAUGGGAUUAAUAAAGCUCUUAUGUUAAAUAGUGUAAUCGGUUCACACAGCAUUAUCUGGAAAUAUUAAUGACAUUUUCAAGAUUACGAUGUAUCUAAAUUUGCCCCAUAGUUGAAUAUCAAAAUAUAAACCCUUACAAAAAAUUU